AUUCAACGAAUCGGUUCUUUAAUGAAUCCUCAAGUUAGUUGUAAAGGGGCGAUAAGACGCAGCGGCGCCAUUGAAUAUUAUCGAAAAAAACUUUUCAUAAUAACAGUAUCCUCACGUGUCUGAGAUGACAUUCUUCUAAAAUAAAUAGUUUUAAAAGGAUUUUUUGCCUCGCCAUGAUUGUCAAUUACAGUAGCAGCAGUUCUGAAGAGGAAUCUGGAAGCUCUUCAUCACCUUCAGGGAAAAGGCAAAAACUAGACACUGAAACCAGCAACAGUGAAGCUCUGGAUCAUGGAUCUGCUCAAAGAAAAGUGUGUAAAUCCAGCCACUUGACGCCUCGUCUGCCUCUUCCUGAGAGUGUAAAGGAGAUGUUCAGAGAUUCAGAAGAACUGUGGACUGAUAAAAGUGAAGAACAUGGAGGUCGACUGCGCUCCUUCCAGCACGAGCGAGGAAACUGGGCCACAUAUGUCUUCUUUCCUUAUGAUCCUGAGGAGGCCUUUCUGGAAGUGCUCAAUAAAAUGAUGGCAGCUGCAGAAGCUCACGACAUCCCUCUGACAGUUUCUGAAGAGUUUCACCUCAGUCUCUCAAAGACCGUGGUCCUGCGCCAUCACUGGAUUCAACCAUUUGUCCAGUCUAUUCGGACCAGUCUGACACACUUCCAGAAGUUUUACUGUGUGGCCUAUAAACUGAAGGUGUAUUCUAAUGCUGAAAAGACGAGGACUUUUCUUGGGAUGGAAGUCUCCACUGGAACGCCUCACUUGCUUGAGCUUAGCAAAAUAGUGGAUGAAACCAUGAAAGAAUUCAACCUUAGCACCUUUUAUGAGGAUCCUUCUUUCCACAUAAGUCUCGCUUGGUGUGUGGGGGAUCAAACGGAAAGGUUGAAAAAGGCAUGUUUAUUAGAAUUGCAGGGUCUUAUUGACGCUCAUGAAGAUGGGCCAUUCCAUGCAAGGCUAAACUGCAACGAGCUUCGCUGCAAGACAGGAAAUAAAGUCUUUGUUUUUCCCCUCCAAUGAUCCUAACACUACCGAUGCUUAGUCAGACAUGAAAUAUAAAAAUGUUAAAGAGGUAUUUGCAACUUUCAUUUCUUAAUCUAGGGUUUUCCCCCCUUAGAAUUACAAAUUUAAAAACAAAAUCUUAAUAUAAGUUUACCACACAUUUUUUAUAUACUUUAUUUUUAUUUCUCUGUUUUUUAAGGGGAAAAAAACAAGGGAAAAAAUACAAAUAGUAGAUUAAAAUAAAUAAAUAACACAACAAAACACCAGAACUUAAUUGAACAGUUGACAGGUCACAUAUUGCCUUACAGGUCACAUGAACAAAUACAUAUAUAAAUCAGAUUACACUCUGUAAAGACAUAAGUACAAUCCAUUUCUCCCAAUAUUGCAGGUAUUUGUCCAUUUGUAGUUUUAAAGAAAAAGUCAUCCUCUCCAUAUUUUGAACAUUAGAUAUGAUAUCCAACCACUCAGAUUUUGUAGGGGGUUCCAGUUGUAGCCACUUUCGAGUCACAGUUUUCUUACUGGUUGCUAGGAGUAUUUUUAACAAAUACUUUUCUUUUACCGUUAAGUUGGCUGCAAUAUUUCCCAGAUAAAUUGCUGUAAAAGAAAGAUCCACAUCAUCACCAAAAAUAUUAUGUAUUACUUGCAUUACGUCCUUCAAAUAUGACUGAAUGGCUUGGAAACUCCAAAAUAUGUGAAAGUGGUUUGCCAAGUCUUCUCCACAUUUCCUCCAGCACUGCCCCCUGUCCUUCUCCUGCGUUUGCCUGUAUGUUAAUUUGGGGGUUAUAAAGUAUCUGGUAAGAUUCUUCCAGCAAAAAUCUAUCCACAUACCAGAAUUGGAAGAGGUGGCCUGAACUGAGCAGAUAUUCAACCAAUCUUCCUCUGAGAUAACUAGGUUGGAUUCUCUCUCCCAUUUUAGUCUGAUGUAAUUUGUUGAUUCUUCCUUGGGCGAUCGAUGGCAGAAUACAGUUUUGAACCAAGUC